GGAUGAGCGGUCUCCGUCUCCUGGGCAUCCACCACGACGCCGUGCUGUUCCUGCUGGAGCAGCUGCCGGGGGCCGGGAGCUGCUCCCGGUACCGCUUCCGGUACCACCCCCCCAAACGGGAGCCCCCCAACAGCGCCCCCCCCCGGAACCCCUCGGGCUGCGCCCGCGCCGAGCUCUACCUCAGGAAGUGCACCUUCGACAUGUUCAGCUUCCUGGCGUCGCAGCACCGCGCCCUCCCCCAGGGCCCCCCGCCCCGCGAGGAAGAGGAGGAUGAGGUGCAGCUCAAGCCCACCCGCCGCGCCACCAGCCUGGAGCUGCCCAUGGCCAUGCGCUUCCGGCACCUCAAGAGAACGGCCAAGGAGGCGGUGGGAGUGUACCGCUCGGCCAUCCACGGGCGGGGCCUGUUCUGCAAGAGGAACAUCGAGGCCGGCGAGAUGGUGAUAGAAUAUUCCGGAAUCGUCGUGCGCUCCGUGCUCACCGACAAGCGGGAGAAGUUCUACGACAGCAAGGGCAUCGGCUGCUACAUGUUCCGCAUCGACGAGGCCGAGGUGGUGGACGCCACCAUGCACGGCAGCGCCGCGCGCUUCAUCAACCACUCGUGCGAGCCCAACUGCUACUCGCGCGUCAUCCACGUGGAGGGCCACAAGCGCAUCGUCAUCUUCGCGCUGCGCCGCAUCCUGCGCGGCGAGGAGCUCACCUACGACUACAAGUUCCCCAUCGAGGAGCCGGCGGCCAAGCUGCCCUGCAACUGCGGCGCGCGGCGCUGCCGGCGGUUCCUCAACUGAGCCUCGGGCGGGGAGGGGUCCCAGGGGGGUCCUGAGGGGGUGGGGAUGGAGAUACGGGAGGAUGGAGAGGUUCUGGAGGUGGUUGGAGGUGAUUGGGUGUGGCGGUGGGGGGGUUUGGAGAAGGUUGGGGUGGUCCACCAGGAGUCGUGGUGGUCAACCAAGAGUGGUGGUGGUCCACCAAGUGUGGUUGUGGUCAAGCAAGAGUCCUGGAGGUCAACCAUGGUGGUCAACCAGGAGUUGGGUGGUCAAC